AUGUCGCAGGGCACGGGUUCAGUGAGCAAUGCGGUGGAUUUCGACCUCCCCGACGAGAUUCUCGCGGUCAUCCCUACCGACCCCUACCAGCAGCUCGAUCUGGCUCGCAAGAUAACCUCCAUGGCCAUCGCCUCCCGUGUCUCUUCUCUCGAAUCCGACGCCUCUCGCCUCCGCCAGAAGCUUCAAGAGAAGGACCGGAUCAUCCUCGACCUCGAGGAGCGCCUCUCCUCGCUCACCCGCGCUUGCCACCAAUCCGACUCCACCCUCAACAACGCCCUCACCGAAAACAUAAAACUUACGAAGGAGAGAGACCAUUUGGCAGCAACAGUGAAGAAACUAAGUCGAGACUUUGCUAAGUUGGAGACUUUUAAAAAACAACUGAUGCAGUCACUAACUGAUGACAAUGCAUCGCAUGCUGAAACCAUAGAUAUUGGAACCUGCGAUCAAUCAGUUCCAAAGGCAUAUCCUGAUAAGGAUGAUGAUGGUUAUACAGUGCAUAAUUCAUACAAUGUCCCCGCUGAAUUGGGUAAAACAAAUGAUGAAGCUUCCAGGUAUUCAGGGCAAAGGUUUUCUUUGACCCCAUAUAUUACACCACGUCUUACACCUACUGGAACUCCAAAGGUGAUUUCAACGGCUGGGUCUCCUAGAGGAUAUUCUGCUGCUGGAUCACCCAAGAACACUUCUGGUGCCACCUCUCCAACAAAACUUCCGUAUGAUGGGCGAGGAUCUCUCUCUUCAUGGUAUUCAUCUAGUCAGCAGUCAUCAGCAGCAAAUUCUCCACCUCGGGGACGAUCACUUCCAGGUCGUACUCCAAAGAUUGAUGGGAAGGAGUUUUUUCGUCAAGCCAGGAGUCGUCUUUCAUAUGAGCAGUUCAGUGCAUUUCUUGCCAACAUAAAGGAAUUAAAUGCUCAGAAGCAAACAAGGGAGGAAACUUUAAGAAAAGCAGAUGAGAUAUUUGGAUCAGAUAACAAAGAUCUUUAUUUAUCUUUCCAAGGAUUGCUUAACAGAAAUGCACGCCAGUACUGA